AUGAGACCAAGAGUGAGCCAGUGCCCUGAAGUGCUGGCAUGUAGUACUACAGCGGUUGCUCCACUGGGCUUGUUCCAGACCAUUUACACUUUCCAGUCUGCUUCUGAAGCAGAUGCUUGUGUUGCUAAAACUAAAGCUGUAUCCAGUUCGGUAUUUAGUAACCUCGAUGCAGGAAACAUCAUACGUCUUUUGGCUCCCGACAUUGGAAUGUUCUUUGCUGGCCUCAUAGUCACACGGCUUUGCAAAAGGAUAAUGAGACCUCACAACCGGAAAACCAAGCUUUGUUCUGGAAUCCAAAAUCUGUCGGGCUGUGAUGAUGAAAAGAAGGAGGAAGAGGAAACGGAAUCUGAAGCAGAAACAGAAGAUACAGAUGAUGAAGGGAUGGACGGUCUACUGGAGAAGAAGCAUCUGCAAAGAGAUACAGAUGUCAGCCAAUCGGGUUUAUUCCAGAAAGUCACACUUUUUCUAGUAGGCUUGAAGAUCCUCUUUGGAGGGGUAUUAGAUACUGCUAUCAAAGUGAUGGCUACGUUUCUAUUAGGCUUAGCAGGCAUAAUUCUGCCAUCUGUGGCAUCUGCAGUUUAUUUCUUCCUCUUCCUGGGCUUGUGUUCGUGGUGGUCUUGCCAUCGUCCAGUCUGCCCAGUGGCCUUCAAUAGCUUGUGUGUGAUGAUCGCAAUAUUCAAUGCGGGCCAUUUAACUGUUCUGUACCUGUACCAGCUGCCAUACAUCCAGAGCCUUGUUCCUGCUGAAGACCUUUAUGCCAGGCUCUUAGGCAUUGUUCCACUUAUUAAGGCUGACAUCACCAUACCCUGGAAGCUUCAAGUUCACCCUCAACUAAGCUGGCCAGUGGCAUUGAAUCCUCUAAUACUUCUGGCACUCUACUAUAUGUUGGUCAUGAUACUCCAGCAGUGGGCACUGCCUGCAAAAGGAAGCAAGGGAGAUGCUAUUCAGCUGCAGUCUGAAGACUACAGUGAGGUGAAGGCGGAUGCAGAGUUCUGGGUGACCACGCAUGAAAGCAUGAAGGAUCGCACUGCAAAGCUGUCCCUUUAUUUUAACCUCCAGGGUCCUUAUGUUCCAAGCGGAAGCUUGCAAGACAUUCCCCUCUUGCAGUGCCGAAGUACCAGUAGCAGCUGUAAUCUGUAUGCCUACACCAACGGAGGGCACCGCAGUUCCUUUUCAGAGGUUUCAGGAGGCCCUGAAAAUAUGACAGAAAUUGAUGGCGAACUUUGCAUCGAAGACACCCAGCCUAGCACUUGGUUAGCAUUGGCACACCUCCUCAUGAGUCAGAGCUACAUCACUGCUUUGAUUGCCAUGAUGGUUUGGAGUAUCACUCAUACCAGCUGGCUGGCUUUUGUCCUGCUGAUUUGGUCCUGUAUCAUCUGGAUGGUGCGGGACCGUCGCCUCUGUGCCCUGCGUAGCUCACCCUUCCUGGUCGCCUAUGGAAACAUCCUGGUGACCCUCAAUUUCUUUGUGGGAUUAAACAUUUCUCAGAAGGAACUCUUUCCUGGGGUUCCAACUUCACUGCUUAUUGAUUUGGAUUUAAAGCCUUAUUCGCUGCCUUGUGUCCAUCUGGCAGCCAAGAUUUUGUAUCUGUUUACCUUUUGGCUCUUGCUGAAGCAGCAUAUGGUGCAAAGGCAAAGGCAGAAGAAAGAGGAAGAAGAGUCACUCCAGGCUGUGACAGUAGGUGAAUCAGAAAUUGACAAGCGCCGCAACCAGCUUUUGGAUUUCCUCGGUUCCGUGCUAAUGGAGAUGCUCGUAAAAUACUGGAUUUACUUCUGCUCGGUCAUGUUUUUUAUCGUCAGCUUCAACGGCAAAGUAGCUCUGUACAAAAUUCUCUACAUUGCGCUUUUCCUGGUUUGGGUGGCUCUGUAUCAGGUUCACUAUGAGAAAUGGCGGCUAAUCCUGAAGGGUUUUUGGCUCACUGUCGUCUCAUACUCCAUGAUAGUCCUUAUUGCUAUCUAUGCCUACCAGUUUGAAAUGGUUUCUGAGUUUUUGUUAAAGAGCUUGGGGAUACCAGAGGAGAGGUUAAAAGAUCUGGGUCUUGAACGAUUCAGCACUAUAGAGCUCUUUGCAAGGAUUCUGCUUCCUGCUGCAUUUCUCCUGGCUUGCAUCCUCCAGUUGCAUUACUUUCAUAAAGAUUUCCUGAAGAUCACAGAUCUGACUAAUAUUGCUGUCAACCCUACUUUUUCACCUGGCAGCGACAAAAAGACCAAGACUCGGGUGGCUCUUCUGGCUAAUAUCCUCAAGGACAAUAUCUUGAGACUGCAAAAAAGGCUUGCUGCUGAAAAGCUACAGGAUGAUACUCAAAGUGGAUUGGACUCCUCUGAGUAUAUAGCCGUAGAUGAAACAACACUUAAGUGUCAGAAUGAGAAAUUGGUGGAAAAGAUGAGUAAAUGGAUGGAAGUGGUCGACAGUUUGGAGUCCCACCUUCUGAAGCUCACAGAAGCAAUCUGCGCAGUGCAGAUUUUUGCAUGGCGAUUUCUGGAGCUGCACAUGCUCAAGAUUACGUCUGUUUGGAUCAUCUGGAUCACGGUUCACGAGGUAUCUUUGAUGAACUACGUUUUCUUUGUCCUCUGGGUGUUUGCUCUACCGUAUCCCAAGCUCCGCCCCCAGGCCUCCAGGAUUUGCACCUUUUGGUCUUGCGUGAUGGUUGUCUGUAAAAUGAUAUACCAACUGAAGUAUGUCAAGCCCUUCAAAUAUUCUUCAAACUGCACCCAGCCAUGGGAACACCAAUCUCAUCUCUCCAAACUCUAUAAAUCCUUGUUGUACAUUGCACCAGUGGACCCAGCAUACUGGUUUGGAGGGUUAAUGAAGUGCCAUGACAAUGUUCUCCCUUGCCUAAAGGCUCACCUCACCAUCCUCGUCUUAAUGGCGCUCGAGGCGACGGUGCACCGCCACCAGUUUUUCUACCGCACCAAGAACCGGCUGAUCCCGCCUGCCACAGGGAGCAUGUUUGAUAGCAUCACCCGCCAGCACCUGGAUGAUGGGCUGCUCAGUUGCAUCAAAUACUUUAUCAACUAUGGUUUUUACAAAUUUGGGCUAGAGACAUGCUUUGUGGCUGCCAUUAACGUGAUUGGGCGACGCAUGGACCUAUAUGCCCUGAUCCACGCAGGUUGGCUUAUUUACCUGUUGAACCGCCGUCGGAGGAAAGCAGUGGCUGAAGUCUGGUCCAAAUAUUGCUGCUUCCUUGCCAGUAUCUUGGCCUUCCAGUAUAUGCUUUGCAUUGGCUUCCCACCUGCUAUAUGUCAAGAUUAUCCGUGGAGAACAUCUCAUUGGCUACUGCAUUCAAAUCUGAUUAAAUGGCUGUAUCUGCCUGACUUUGCCAAGAAACCUGAUGCUACUUUUCUUCUGAAUGACUUCCUGCUUCUGCUCUUUGCCUCCUGCCAACGGCAGGUGUUUGAAGACGAGAAUAAGCCCAUUAUGAGGAUGCUCGCUGGGGAUAAUUUAGAGAUCAGCCGAGUCCUAGACCCAGCUGGGCUCUUUGAGUACAGUCCUGUACCAAACUUUAUACGCUGCAGGUCCUACUUGGACUUGAUUAAAGUGAUAGUGUUCAAAUACCUCUUCUGGUUUGUCCUUUGCCUGAUUUUUAUGACGGGGACUGCACGGAUUACCAUCUUCUGCCUGGGCUACCUUGCCUCUUGUUUCUACUUCAUGCUCUUUGGAAGAAACCUUCUGCUGAAGCCAGUCAAACAUAUGCUCCAGCUGUGGGAUUAUCUGAUUGCAUACACGGCCUUGGUUAUAGCAACAAAGAACCUCUUGGCUAUUGGAUCGUGUGCUUACCUUAAUAAAUUACAAAGAAACCAUUGUUGGUUGAUCCAUACCUUUGGAAUGUUCUGCACCAUAUCGGGCUAUGAUUUAGAUCUGCCUGAGGAUGAGACAUGCGACCUUCCUGAGAACGAAGCAGGGAUCGCCUGGGACGCACUAUGCUUUGUUUUCCUGCUGAUCCAGCGCAGAGUUUUUACGAGCUACUACUAUCUCUAUGUUGUAGGUGAUCUCAAGGCAUCCAGGAACUUAGCCUCAAGAGGAGCUGAGCUGUUGGAAGCAAAGAUGAAGAAAGUGGUGGCACACAAGAUGGAGGAAGACAGGAAAUCGAUGGAAGCCAUGAAGAGACAGAUGGAGCUGAUCAAAGCAACGCAGAAGAAGUAUGACAGCUUGAAGAAAUCAAUUCUGAGCUCACAAGUGGAAGCUGAACAGAAGUCUGAAAAAGAACACGAUCCAGAGGAUGCCAGCAAGAAAGAGAAUGAAGAGAAGAAGGCUUGGUGGCAGCCCUGGAUGACUCACACUUCUAUAAUUCGGGGCGGGAGCUACUACCUCUUUGAGUCAGAGAGUGAGGAAGAAGAGGAACAAGGAGACACUGAAAAGAGCGAGGAGGAACCUCUUCUUAAGAGGAAAACAGCAUUCCAGCUUGCGUAUGAAGCCUGGAUGACCAGUUCAAAAUCCGCUCUAAGGAUGAGGGAGCAAGAUGAACUCAGGGACAAGCAGAAGAAAGAAGAGGAGGAGAAGCAGCGACACCCAUCAGCAGGUAGCACAAGCGAAAACAUCAUGCAAAGAGGAAUCAAUAUUAUUAAGUUUAUUUGGAUCUUUUGCCAAGUGUUGCUGGACGACACCACGGAAGCACUGAAUGCCUUGUGUAAAGACACCUUGGACAUAGCAAAUGUGAUGAGAAUCGAAAAAUGCAUGUUGUGGCGACAGAUGAGCAUGGGAGAGAAGGCUUCACCAGAUGCUGUUCUUUGGCGUUAUAAGCCUAAGAAAAGUCAGCCAGAUGAUGGAGAAAGUAAAACUCAACCAUUAUCAGAGGAGGAAAGCCCAGCAAAACUACCCGAAUGCGUACCCAGAGAGGAGAGCCAGAUAUCACCCGCUUACUUGGACUGCAGGAGACUCAACGAAGCUGCAGAAGAUGCCACUGGAAAUAUAAAUAUGGAAGAAGGGAGCCAUCCCAGGGGGUUCAUUCCAGCCACUUCUGGUGCAGAAUUUCCUGGUCUUCCUGUGCGGGAUUUGCCAUUAGGAGCAGAAGAACCUCCCAUUUCCCUACAUGUCAGGAUCACAGAAGCAGGCAGGCCGCUCAGCAGAAUUUCUGCCGUGAUGUCUGCGAGUGACUUGCUUCUGAACAGGACUUUUUAUGACGACGAACUGGAACAGUCGGACAAAUUCUAUCAGGGUCUCCCUCGCCUCUUGAAGCUGGGAGUUGCUUUGUACAAUGCCAUGGUGUCCAAAUCAGAAAUGCUGUGUUACUCCGUGAUCAUCCUCAACCACAUGGUCUCUGCUUCUGUCCUCACUUUGAUCUUGCCUGUACUGAUAUUCCUGUGGGCGAUGGUAUCCAUUCCAAGGCCGACAAAAUUCUUCUGGAUGACAGCAAUUGUUUACACUGAGGUAAAUAUUGUGAUCAAAUACUUUUUCCAGUUUGGGUUCUUUCCUUGGGCCACUAAGGUGUAUUGCGCCAUCAAUGCAGAAGUGCCUUUUGUUUUACCAAAUAUUGCUGGGAUUGAGAAGAAGGAUGGCUUUGUACAUUUUGAUCUGGUGCAGCUUCUGGCUUUGUUCUUCCACAGGUAUAACUUGAAGUGCCACGGGCUUUGGGAUUAUAACGACAUCAGCCCCUCGGAACGGAAGAAAAAGAACUCAAACAGGCGGCAGAAGAAGGAGAGCAGAAGCCACCCAAAGGGACCUCAGCCUGGAUUAGGAGCACAGCAACCUUUUAUACUUCCAAGUCCUCCCAGGACCAUCUUCAAAAGGAACAGCAAGAAGGUUAAUGAAGAUGGAUCUCUGAAAGAAGACAAGAAGAAAUGGGGUCUUUUAAAAAUGAGCUCUGCCAGCCAGGAAGGACUGACCAAGGAGAAGAGAAAACAGACCCUGCGGGAAGCAAAGAAGCUGGCGAUUAAAAUUGUUCUUCAGGUUUAUCGGCCCAUCAGACAAUUCUUCCAUGAUAUAAUCUACCCAGAAUACAGCACAGUCUGUGAUGUUUAUGCUCUCAUGUUCCUGGCCGACGUGAUCAAUUUUGUUGUUGUCAUCUUUGGCUACUGGGCUUUUGGUAGGCACUCGGCCGCUGCUGACAUAACAGAAUCCCUCUCCGAAGACCAGGUCCCUGAAGCUUUCCUUGUGAUGCUUCUAAUGCAGUUUGGUGUAAUGAUUGUUGAUCGGGCAAUCUACCUGAGGAAGAACAUGUUCGGGAAGUGCGUUUUCCACGUGGUCCUCGUCUUCGGCAUCCACUUUUGGAUGUUCUUCAUCUUGCCUGGAGUAACAGGAAGGAGAUUUAACAGGAACCCAGUGGCCCAGCUGUGGUACUUGAUCAAGUGUGUCUAUUUUGGCCUGUCAGCAUUUCAGAUCAAAUGCGGCUACCCUAAACGGGUUCUGGGCAACUUUCUGACCAAGAGAUACAACUGCAUAAACCUUUUUUUAUUCCAAGGAUUUCGCCUGAUCCCUUUCUUGACAGAGCUGAGGGCUGCCAUGGACUGGGUUUGGACUGACACGACUCUCAGCCUCUCCAGCUGGAUAUGUGUGGAGGAUAUCUAUGCUAACAUUUUCAUCAUGAAAUGCUGGAGAGAAUCCGAGAAAAAAUACCCCCAACCUCCUGGCCAAAAGAAGAAAAUGAUUGUGAAAUAUGGGAUGGGGGGUGUUAUUAUCUUUGUACUGAUCUGCAUCUUAUGGUUCCCGCUGCUUCUUAUGUCACUGGUGAAAUCAGUGGCUGGAGUAACCAACCAGCCCCUGGAUGUGUCUAUUAAAAUCACCAUCAGUGGCUAUGAGUCUUUAUUUACCAUGAGUGCUCAGCAGCAGCAUCUGGUUCCUUUUACUCCUGCAGAAUACAAUGACCUCACCACACAAUACGCCCUCCAUCCUUCUGCCAUGCAGUUUAUCGUGAACUAUAGCCCAGAGGAUAUUGUGGUUGCUAAAAUCAAAGGCAAUGCUAGUCUGCUGUGGAGCAUUAGUCCGGCCAGUCGGAAAGCUAUGAUUGCUGAGCUCUCCAGUUCUCCCGCGAUCUACGUCAACUUUCACUGGACCCUUCUCAGGAAUGUCUCUCUCGUGAAGAACAUUGAAGCGUCUGGCAUACACACCGUGCGCUAUGAAGAGAAGGAAAUACGAGAACACAUCGUCCAAAUGCUCUGCGGGAAUCGGACAGAACCAGUUCUACUUCCAGGUGUCUUUCCAAAAUAUCUGAGGGCUACCAGUGGGACAGAUGCUAAAAUUGCACAUCGGCUGCAAGUAGCCCAUUCCAAUAAGCCAAAGGACAGAGACAAGAUGGCUUUCUACAGAAACAUCCUCAUAAAACUUCAGCAGCUGCGUACCAACAGCUCUUCAAGCCACGUUCCCGAGUGGUGGAUCGUUCAGGAGCACAGGCCUGGCUGUUCGGGUAACACGUGCAGCAAAAACAUGGAACUCUACAUCUUCAGUGAUAAAGUCAGCCCUUCCAGCCUGGGAUUCCUGGCAGCACACGGCAUCGUGGGCCUCUAUAUGUCUGUUGUUCUAGUCAUCGGGAAGUUCAUCCGAGAGUUUUUCAAUGGGAUCUCGCGCUCCAUCAUGUUUGAAGAGCUGCCCUGCGUGGAUCGUAUUUUGAAACUCUGCACCGAUAUCUUCCUAGUGAGGGAGGCAGGGGAACUGGAGCUGGAAGAACAACUCUUUGGUAAACUGAUUUUCCUGUAUCGAUCUCCUGAAACCAUGAUCAAGUGGACGAGAGAACGCAAGGAACAAUAA